AUGUCGAGUGGUUUUGGAGAAUCAAUGAGAUCAUCAACUGCGCCAAAUCCAUCCUGUUCUUCCGGGAACAGUUCCAACAACGAUGCUGGUGAUUUCGAAUGUAACAUUUGUUUUGAUUUGGCUCAGGAUCCAGUGAUCACACUUUGUGGUCAUUUGUUCUGUUGGCCAUGUCUUUACAGGUGGUUACAUCAUCAUUCUCAUUCUCAAGAAUGUCCUGUUUGUAAAGCACUUGUGGAAGAAGAGAAACUUGUUCCUCUUUACGGUAGAGGAAAAUCGCAGACUGAUCCGAGGACUAAAUCCUAUCCCGGAAUGGAGAUUCCUCGUCGUCCUUCCGGACAGAGGCCACAGACAGCGAAUCCUCCUCCGGAAGGGAAUUACGCUGGGGUUGGAUUGAUGGGGGGUUUUAUUCCGAUGGCAACUGCUAGAUUCGGAAACUUUUCGCUUUCGACUGGUUUUGGUGGGUUUGGCGGGUUUCUUCCGUCGCUGUUCAAUAUUCACUUUCAUGGUUUUCAGGAUGGGACUGUUUACGGGACAACGUCUGGUUAUCCCGUCGGGUUUAACCCAUUUCAAGGUGGGAAUGCGAGGGGUUUUAAUUCGCAGGAGAUGGGACAAGUGCAACGGCAGGAGGAUAAUGUUUUGAAGAAUUUGCUUAUGUUGAUUGGAGUUCUUGUCCUUAUAACGGUUAUUUUUGUUAUGUGA